UGUUAACAUACCUAGGUUCCUGCCUGGAGGAUUUGGUGAUGCCCUGCUACUAGACACGGAAGCCUGUUAAGCGAAAGCUUCUUCUAUUCCGUCCACAAUCAUUUGAACCAUUUGAACAAGCGGGUUAUUUAGUUCUUUCAGUGCUCUCGUUGGUUGAGGUUGGUGUUGUCCCCAUAUUUCCCACUGUUUUCAGACUAAGAUUUUCUGAUCUUUAAAAAAGCCUCAUGUUUUUUCCUUGUGUACAAAGUGUAUAGUUUGGCAUAUACAACAACAAGGCGCAGAGGCUAUUAUUUUUGGGUGACCUUUGAAUGGUCUUGAAGUGAAUUUGAUGCUAUUGAUGAACUACAAUUUAGUUUGAGGAAUUGUGAUAAGGAUUUUCGUCCCAAGGUUCAGGGCUCGAUAUCCUAAAUCGGGUUGGUUCGUCCCCAACCCGAGCUCCCAAGUUUGGGGAAAUUUCGGGGAAACUCCCGAAGUCAAAUGACCUUCACCAAUGUACCGGGAAAUCGCCAAAGUCCAAUGACGUUCACCAGGAUUAAAGGGGAAUUCGGGGGGAAAUAUUGAGAAAUUUACGCAGGUCUGGGGGAAUUUUGUGGUUUUACUAUAGCGGCUUCCCCAAAAUGAGUCAAAUUUCCCCCAAAAUUGGGAGCUCGGGAAGUUAUAAUCUCAUAUACUCAGCUCUGCAGGCUAUUUGCGUACACUUUCCGAAGUUAUCUGGGACUAAAUGGUUUUAUCAUCGUUAGUUUCUUGAAAUUAAAUGUCUUCAUACGGACGCAUUAGUUCUAACUUAAUUUCUGUCAAAUACUGAUUUUAAAUUUUACACAGGCAUGCACUUAACAAUUUUUCGUUCACUAUGAUAAGUAGUUCAGUAUUGAAAGGGUCAUUAAUCAUGUCAAAACUAUGCGUUCCAUUAAAUCUCAUUACUCCGUAAUUGUUUUAUGAUUAAUACCGGUUCACUAUUAAGACGCUGAAGGUUGUUAGUAUAGUUUUGGUAAUCGAUACGAUUCCGCACAAAAAUUUUCAAAUAACGAAAAGUUUAUGCCCUCACUAUUAAAAUGAUUCAAGACCAAGUACAUGAAUCUGCACCUGGCAUAAAGGUCAAUAUUAAUAAACAACCAUAUCGACCAUUUAAAGACUACUCGAAAUAUUGCUUCUGGAUUGGUUUGCGUCAGCGCUUGAUGAUAGGGAGUGAAUUAGUUGAACACCUUGACCGAUUCACUUACCUUGCGAGUCUCAUCAGUACUGAUGGUCUGCUGUCUGACUUAAUCUCGGCACGUAUUUAGAAAGCUCGAUUGACUUUUGCUAACUUGCUUCACUCGUGGUGUAGGCGAAGUAUCCGUUUCCUAACCGAAGGACUAGUUUACUGUGCAUCAUUUCGAUUCCUACUUUAUGUGUGUAAAAUGUGGUCAUUAAGAGUAGAGGAUAUUCGUAGGUUUCUGGUAUGUGAUAAUAAGUGUCUUCAAAGCAUUUCUCAUGUACUUUAGGACCACGGAGUAAUCAAUGCCUGGAUCGGGAAUAGAGUACUAGGUAAAAAUGGGAAUUAGAUUGAUAAGGUAGUAAAUCAUCAACUGAGGUGGCUGGGACAUCCGGUACGUAUGUCCAACCACUGCCUGCCUCGACGGGCCAUUUUGUCGUGUAGGAUUAUGUUAAAAGGAAGCUGGAGGCUGCUAAACCAAGACAUUGUACCAAUCAAUGAAGUCAAUGACAAUUGAACUGAGCCAUUUUAGUAGGUAUAGGCUACCUGGUUAGGUCCUCGUGGUAAUGGAUAACAAAGAAAUCUAACAUUGAUGUCUUUUCAUAAACAAAAGGAGUGGUUUAAAGUGAUAAACCUUGGACGUGAUGCAUCCCGUUGUGUCAAUGCUUCUUAGUACUGGUAAACCAGUUUGAAAAGUGCAGGAUCGUUGUAGAACUUAUAUACGUAAGCUCAAAAGUGUCAUGUAAUAGUUACAGUGGUCGUAUCGUAGACUGAGCGAUCAUUUUUAUGAGUUAAAAAAUUUAAACGUCCUUUCAGGUUCGUUCAAGUUAUCUUUUGGUUAUAUCGUUAAUAGUAGAAAGUCAAUGUCCAGGUUAUGUCCAACCUGCACGAAUUCUUAAUUGCAUAGUCAUUUUACUUACUGUCAUCUAGCUUUUUGAAAUCGACUACUUCGUUCAACUUGCGAAUGUAUUGACCACAUCUUUACCCUCGUUCUAUCGUUUGGAAAUUAUCUUUCAUGUUUCACUACAACAGUCAUCGUGUCAUCUGUCUCCUAGAUAUUACCAUACUCUGAGAUUAAAAGUAUAUCCAAAAAGUUUGCUAACAUUUUGAAAACUAAACUGAAGUUAUACAAUCACCAUAUCUACAAAGUUAUAGGAAUCAUGUGUAUUCACUGGGUCUUUUAAAUGAAACAUUCCAUGAACUCAAGUAGCUAUGUGGGGAAUGAUCCUGCUUCGGUCUUUUGAUAGAGUUUAAUGUGUAUACUAAAUAAACGGAACUGAACUUGGUCAUGUUCUCAUCUGAACUGUAUUGUUUUACACACACUAUUGUCGUUUAUUUUGCUUGUCUCUGUCUCCUAUUUUUCCGCAAUGUCAUCUUUCUGUUUCAUGCUUUAAUUCCAUAUUGCAAAAGGCUUAUCAUUCUGCAUGAUAUAUCAAUUCAAUUCAAUAAAGUUCCUAAAGUAAAACAGUCAUUAAUCUUCAUUGAGCCAAAUUAUCAGUGGGGUUGUCCAAGGGCUGCUUAUACUCAUCCUGUCUGACUUAGUUUCUGUUGGGAUUCUGAAAAGAAAAUAUGAUAAGAAAUUAAAAAUACCGCACUGGAAGUAUUUUCUGCCCCUUACAUGUGUUUUUUUUGUUGCUGGAAUUCGGGAAUAUCAUUUUGUAAAUAAUAUAGUAGUCAAUGAAUUAUUUGCGUCUUUACAUUGUAACCAGUUGCACUGAUAAAAAAUGAGCCAAUAUGUUCUUCAUAGCUUUAAUAUUUUAAUUGGAACUUUCGCGGUCUUUUGUUUUAAUUCUAAACUUUAGGAUUUCACUUUUUUGGAGUUUGACGAAGAUCGUAUUCUUCCUCAUGUCAGCAUUAUUUAACUUUCAAAGCCUGCUGAGUGUCAUUUUGUUGCUUAUAUGCACUUGUGCCUACAUUAGACACUUCUCUCCUACCUUAUUGGAUUCACGAAAACAUGGACUUUUAGGACUGUUCUGGAAAUGUGCAAGAAUUGGUGAACGCAAAAGUCCUUAUGUUGCUGUCUGUUGCAUUUUAAUGGCAGGCGCAGUACUUUUCAGUUCGUAGUUGUAAUAUAUUAUUAUUUUUUUAAAAUAAAUAACUUGCAAGGUUCAAAUCUCUUUCUUUUUACCACACUGUGUUUAGAUACAUGACUAUUAUUAUUCUUUCUAGAUUAUUUGAUAUGCUCCCGUCAGUUUCUUCCAAGAUAAUCAACCAGCUGUUGAAACACUCAUAUAGAAGUUCUUCACAAAUGCCUAAUCCUUACCGUAACCCGCUUAGAAACCAAACCAAUCCUGUUGGGUACAUUACAUUUGCUGUUCUUGUUUUGCCGAUGUUAUGGAUUAUUCACGACAGAGCCUAUGAAAUAGAUCAAAAACCUCGACGUUAAAAUUAAUAGACUGACAUGUCUUCGUAAAAAUUACAAUUUAUAUAGUGUAGACUAAAUAUAUAAUAUUUAUCAUUUUUACGUGUUCUGUCAUCUCACGAAAAGUAUCUUGAUUUAUUAUAACCCUUUUUAUGUUUUAUAGAAAUGAUAAAUUUAAUGCUGAGGCAAAAAGCCUCAUCUUACAUAAGAAGUUGUUUUAUUAGAAAUACGGCACUUGGCACCAAAAUCAGACCUGCAAUUAUUUGUACUUCUCAUCGUCAUUAUUAUAUCCCUACCAAUGCAAAGCUCAGUUAUGAGCUUUAUCAUCUAAAAGAUGCUCUUUUACUGAGACAAUCAAGGUAUCUCUCCAAUCGCUUUUCUAAGGAGUCAGGAAGCUCCAGUGGAGGUAAUAGUAGUUUCAUCAAUGAUACAUUUAUAUCCAUUGCAAUAACCGGAGUAUUUCUUGGCAGUUGCUUGGCUUUUCACUGGUAUAUAAAUCAUCUACGUGAAUACAGCAUUACUGAACAGAAAAAUCCAGAUAAGUCAGGGUUCGUAUUUAUAUGCUUUUUCUUUACCAUUAUGAUUAGCCUUUUCGUUUAUCAGUACCGUGUUGUCACAAUUUUGCACAAAAUACGAACUUCCUGAAAUAGCGCAAUAUUUUCUUCCUAUUUACGUUUAACGAAAAUAUGGUAAUGGUUUCUGAUAUUUAUUACUCAUCUACUUAUUGAUGUUCAGAGGUUACAGUUGAUUAUCCAGCGAGACUGACGUAUAUUUAAUAAACGUAUAAUUUGUACCGUAUUCUAUUUCAGUCUUUCCAUUCAUAUGAAUCUUGCUCGUUCGGUCGAAUAGGUGUAGAUUAAAGCCAGGUUAUCCGUAUCAGCAUCAUAACAUCAAGAUCGCUUAGUUCAAAAAAUCUCCAUUGUCAAUUGUCCUAAACACAAAAAAACUGAGUUGCGAAAACAGGUCGGUUUGUUCAAGUCAUGGAUGUGUUAACCCUCAUCACAUUCUGGAUUACCGUGACAUCUAUUAGGGGCUAUUAGUGGUAAUGUUUCUUGACACCAGGACCUCUUUCGAUUCACUGAACAGGAUUACGCUUAGUAAUUUUCUGUUAAGGAAGGGCACACGUGAUGGGUUUAUUAAUAUCAUGAAGAUUUCACAAAUUGAUUGGAAUGUUACCAACUUGGUCUCGUGUGCUGUUACGGGUAUGAGGUCUGGUGUCACUUCCCGGCUACCCACACUGUGGAAGGGUAUUUCUUGAGGAAGCUGAAAAGGAAUUCGGAUUAAUAUCGACCUUAACGGACUGGGAGCGUGACCGCAGAGCUCAGGAGACAACUGCCUGAGGCCGGUCACUCACGGUCUUUUUGUGGGAGGUUUUUGACGUGUUAGCUCCGUUCUUCAAAGGGCCUUACCACCGGAGACGGAAAUCCGUGAGGUAAGGUGAGGUGUGAAAUUUUUAGGGUCGGCCUUUUCUAACCCCACCCCUCCUUGUGGGAAGGCAGCAUCGCUGCAGAUGCUGGUUAUCUGAGGGAAACACCUUACUGCUGCCACACCCUUCUGCAGUCAUCAGUACGACUUCGCCCUCAGACCUUGAGUUGCUGCUUUUAGUCUUACCGUUCUCCAAUCGAGUUGCCUGGCAUGGUAGAACCUACAGGAACAUAUGUUCCAGCCAAUAUAGCUCCGUUGGGUCAUCACGAUAGGCAAGCCCGACCACCGCGCCAAGGUAGCAGCUACGGUCGAGAUGGCUGGGACACUUGUUACGUAUGCCCAACCACCGACUGCCUCGACGUGCGGUGUUCAGUGGUAUAGGAGUAGGUUGGAAGAAAGCUAGGGGCGGCCAGACCAGAACAUGGCACAAGUCCAUGAAGUCACUGACAAGUGGACUGAGUCAUGUUGGUAGGUGUAGACUACCUGGUUGGGAUCAGCGAGACGAUAACAACCGAUGGUUAGAGACCUUAAAUGACAUGGCUCAAAAUCGUUUGCAAUGGCUCAGGUGCAUCCACUCUUUGUGUUCUCCCAAGUGGUAGCCUUCUGAAUUCUUCAUGUCCCUUUUUUUCUCUUUCCAAAUUUAUUUCACUGUAUUAUACUCCUUGAAUAACAUCUUCAAACCCUAAUCUUUCCGAUUACUACCUAUACUUUUGCUACCUCUACCACUACGGGAUUUGAAUCGACCACUGCAUCUCUGUGCUAAUGUGAUGUGGCAACUUGAACUGAUGUACGUACGUACGAAGUUCUACGUUGUUACUGACUGGCUGACUGAGAUUUCACAAAUGCAAGCAGAGUGUAGACAUACAAUCACCUCUCUCUUGUUCUUACCGAACAACUGAUUUAGAUAAGAUUGUCCAUUGUCAUCACUGUUCAACUUUACCAUCGAUGUCUUUUUGUAAACAGAUUUAAAAGAUGUGUGUGGUGGUAGUGUGGGUCUGUUUUCUGGGGAACGAUUUUCCAACCUUGAGUAUGUUGAUUGAGUUGUCUUACUGUGUGAUGAUUACUCAAGCUACGGAAAUCGCAAUAAAUCACUUGAAAAUUGGUGUUCAUAAGUACUUUGCACCUGUACAAUACUGGGGUAGUCGGUAAUCGCAUGCACUUUUUGUAGUGAAUCAUUAGUAGUCAAUAAGUUGGUGUGUGUGUGUAGUUUUGUAAAUACUAGUAGUGGCGGGACAUGUAAGAUCAGUCUAGGUUUACUGCAAGUUACUGCUUCUUGUACCAGUAUGGGUCAUGUUAACGCUGUCGUAAUAUUAGUCUCUGUAUAACGUCAGUUAUGCGGUGCAUUGCUGAUUUGAACGUGUUCUGCGAAUUCCAUCUAAGAAGCUUCCCUACCACUCAUUAUUUACCGACGUUGAGGAAAUAAACCGGUAGUCAAUUUAUCACAGCGCCUUUGUAUAAACAAAAGUUGUAUUGAACUAGGACCUCUUGGUCCAUCACGACUUCCUAGCUAGGAUCCUAAAGGGAGUGCAACUCAGUGGUCUGAAGCGUUAUCAGAUGUGGUUAAAAAUAAGACCCACUGAUUAUUCGGCUGCAGUUUUCUAUUACAUUUUUCAUAAAAGUGUAAUGAACUUCCAUAAUUUAAGUGCUUUCGUGUAUAUUUUUUUAACUGAGCUGUAUUUCUUGCUGAAUGAUAUUGCUCAUUUGUUUAUAGAUUGUACUGACCUUUCCCAAUUUGUAUUUUCACUAUAUAUAGUGUGCACUUUUCGACACGAUUUUACUCGAAUAAAUGUGCUUUAAAUAAAAUUACGCUAUGUUCUCGAAGUUUAACUCCAAGUUGCUAUUUUCCAGUUUCCCGUGGCCAGUGAAAUAUUUAAAAUGCAACUUUUUCAUUUUGGACCAUAUUUCUUAUCUCUAGUACUUCUGAUUACCACCGCUACCGCAUUAUUUCGUUCUUUUUUAGUGUUCAUCUUGUUAUUUUCGUCUGGUGCUAAUCCACUAUGGGAACUUCAGCUAUCACACAUCCUAAUCACGCUUUACUUUAACGGUGAAUAACUGACAUUUUCUUACGUAUUUAUGACGAAUAGUAUACAGCUUAAACUGUUAUGAAACCAUCUUAAGAUUUCUUCCAUCAUAUUUCUUAUAACAGGCAAGUUGGGUCAUCUAAGUUGUGCCUCGACAUGUAUUAGAUAAAUCUAAGUUAUCCCAUUCUGCGUGAUUUUAUUAGCUCAUAAAAUUAACCUCAUUAUUAGUGUUCAAUUUGUCUGCGUCAAAUUUCCAUUUGGCACUCACUGAAUAUUGUAAUUAUCUAGAGAUGUUGCUUAAAGUUACAUAAUUGUUAAUACCAUACCACAUAUACUGUUUGUGUAAAACUGGAUAUGAAUACUGGAAGCAUUUAUUUGACAAAGUAAUGGUCAAAUAAAUAAUUUUCUUAUUAUUCUCACUUUUUAUUCAAGAAAAAAAAGGGAUUACCGUUCUUGUCUUAUAUUUAUCAAGGCUGGAACCUGAAGCAUCUUCAGCUUCAAAUGCGUUUGAAAUAUCUCCAGUUCAACAUGAAACCAGAGAUUCAACUGACCAUUUACCUCUUAUUGUUGAGCAACAGCAGUUGGAUACUUUGGAUUUUGUUGAUUCUCCGGUUACCGAAUCUAUAAAAGAUUCAGUGAAAGAGGUUACAAAUCCAGAUUUUCAUGAUGAAAUACCGGAAUCACUUGUGUACAUUAAACCAGAAGAUGAAGUGUUUCCUUCACAUGUACCAUACAUUAUUGUUGGUGCUGGAGCGGCUGGAAUGUCAGCAGCCCGUUCGAUACGUGCCUCAGACCCAACAUCUAGAAUUUUAUUAAUUUCUGGCGGUAGAGGAUCAAGUACAAUAGCUGAACCAGGUAUUGAAGAAACUUCAUUUGUUGAACCACCACCUUACUUGAGACCACCUUUAAGUAAAGAAUUAUGGAAUCGAAGUCUUGAUAAAGAGAAAAAGUUACUUCGAAGCGAUGGAGAUAUUCGUCGACAUUCAUGGUUAUAUUAUGAACCAGAUAGCUUCUUUUUAAAACCGGAAGAUUUAAGUUCUGUUCAAUAUGGUGGAGUAGCAUUAAUGCGAGGUGAUCCUGUUGUUCGUCUGGAUCCUGAUAUGCAUACCAUUUUUCUGGCAUCUGGUAGACAAAUAACCUAUGAUCGUUGUCUUUUAGCUACAGGUGGUUCACCUAGACGGUAUAAACACUUGGAAACGUGUAGUCAAACUGGUGUAAAUCUAAUUGACACUGGACAUGUUUCUUAUUUUCGUAAUAUAGCAGAUUACAGGUAGGUGUGCUCUGUAAUAUGUAUGAGUUUGUUAUGUUUCUAAUUUUUGGGUAACUCAAUGAACAUAUUAAUCAUAUUAUGUGUGGCUGCACAUGCAUAAGGAGAAAUUGUGAUUUGUUAAUUAGGAUGUCCGAACAUGUACCUAAGUGGUUGCAAACACAAAAUCAAAAGACUCAAUAAGAGUAAAUGAUAAACAUCCAUCAUCCUCUAUCGCCAGACACGUAGUUGAAACAGGUCAUAGGAUUGAACUUAACAUGGCUUUUGUGGUGUUGUAAAAUGGUGUAAAAGGGCGUAUAUUAAGGUUUGUUGAAGCCUUAGCCAUACGAAAGUUCAAACAUCCUUUAUGUAUUCAAAAACGGUUUUUCCUCAUCUUAAACCUAUCCUGGUAAUAUUAGCUUAUUAUCCAGUGUGAUGAGGCUUCAAAUUGUUUUCCAUAUUAUUCUAUUUCUUAUCUUCGUCUCCGCUUACCCCACAUUUCUAGUCUAGUUGACAUUUUAUUUUUAUAUAUAAAUGUUCUUAACAAGUAUAUAUGUGAUCAGAUUGUUUGAAAUGUAUUACGCUAAUAUAAUCUUCAUCUUAUUAUUCUGUCCAGAUUAGUGUUGAAUUUAUUGUGUUAUUUUGUACAUAUUUUUAUUUCAUCAUAUAUAUGACAGUUGAUUCAUGACAAUAUUUUCUAGACAUCUUAGAGAUCUUGCUGAUAAACUUCGUCGAACUAGUGGUGGCAGGAUUGCUGUUAUUGGUGGUGGUUUUCUCGGGAGUGAAUUAUCUGUUAGUUUAUUAAAACAACCGAAAUCUACAGAUAGCAAGAAUGAUGAUUCCGAUUCAAAAACUCAAUCAAAACUAUCUAUAAUGCAUGCAUUUCGUGAAACAGUUCCAAUGGGCAGUGUUUUGCCACCAUGUUUAGCUUCAGCUGUUGGACGUUUUGAAUCAAGUAAAGGUAUUGAAUUGUGGAGUUCAUCAGAUGUUGUCAGCUUAUCACUUAUUCCCAAUACAAAUGUGAAUACCAGUACUCGUGCUACUACUACUACUACUACAAGUGUAAAAGAAUCGCAAAAGCUUUUACCAUUGGAAAAUGUGAUAUCCAGUACUAAUACUAAACGUGUUCGCCUUCGUAUUAGACGUACAAUAUCUGGCAUUGAAAGAGUAGAAGAAGUAGACGUUGAUCAUGUAGUUUGUGCUGUAAGUUUCUUCGUUUUUAUCAUUCAAUAUAAUUUAUAAUAAAUGUCUAUUGAAGAAGAUAGAAGGAAGAUUUUACUUAAGACGGUUUUUUAUUUCUAGUGCUUGGUCAAACCUCUAUAUCAUCCUGAUAAUUUGUUAUUUUUCAAUAUGUUGUAAAAUUACUUAAGUCUAUUCUUGGCUAUCUAGCAUUUUCUAUUGAAACAUAGAUUAUCAUAUUGAAUUCAAAUGGGCUCACUAAAUUCGAAGUUGUUGGGUCAGUCAGUAAGCUACAAAGUAGGACCAGGCACAUAUAUGCAUCGGUCCAAGUUGUCACACCUUAUUAGCACAAUAAGAUAACCACCAAAUUCAUAGUAGUUACUUCAAUGGUAGUAAUAUAUAAAAGAAAAAUUGAGUAUGAGGACAUGAUACAGAGAGAAAGAUUCACUUCAUAGAAAGAACAGUAUAAAGCAAUUUUAAACUCGCGGUUUUAGGUAAGACAAAUAGUGUAUACACCUGCACUAUUGUGAUCGAUUCUGAGCCAUGUCACACAGAGUCUCCAACUAUUGGUUACGAUAGUCACGCGUACCCCAACCAAGUAGUCUGCAUCUAUCAACAUGCUUCAGACCAGGAGUUGGUGACUACAUGGACUGACGCCACAUUUUGUUUUGGCCGCCCCUAACUUUCUUCCAACCAUCCCCAACACUAGUCAGAAUUGCGCGUCGUGGUAAUCGGUGUUCAGGCAUACGCAACACGUGGACCAACCAUCUCAGUCGAUGAAGAUUCACAACCUCAUAAACUGAUUUGCCAUCAUUCCCUAAUCCCCAGCGUCUAACCACUAUUCCUUACCCAGUGAUCCCAGCAGAUGCCAGCAAUAUUUCUGAGGCAUAUGUGGUCAAAUACUUGUAGCUUACGAGUAUCUUCAACGCUUAAUGACCAUGUUUCGCAGCCUUAAAGUAAAACAGAACGAACUGUCGCGCAGUAUACUCAUCCUUUUAUUGAUAGACGGAUAUCUCGCCUUCGUCGUAGGUGACGUAAGUUGGCAAAAAACAAACGAGCCUUCUGAGUCCCUCCAGAGAUUUCGCCAGACACCAACCAAUUAGGGAUGAUCAGACUUCCAAGACAAGUGAAGUUGUCGACUCGUUCGACUACUUCACUCCUUAUCCUUAAUUCAGGUGUUGACGUAGACCAGUUCUGAAGCAACAACUUGCAUUUAGAUGAGUAGGAACGCAUCCCAAACAUCCUAGCAUUCUUGCUCAGUACUACCAAAAGACUGCAUUUCAUCAACGUCUUCACCAAAGAGGAAAAUGUCAUCUGCAUAUUCUAAGUCGAUAAUUAGACCUCCUGGUAGGAGAUCAGUUCCUGAUAAUCCAGUCGGCGAGAAAGUUAUUUCCAUCAGUAUGUCUAUGAUGAAGUUGAACAAAAAUGGAAAUAGUGGACAGCCUUGCCAGACACCACUUGAGGUUGUAAAAUCAGAUGACAGUUAGCCAUAAUCUCUGACUCGACUGGUUGUUAUCGAGUAAAGAGCCUUCACAUGGUUUAUGUACUUCUGAGCUACACCUUUCAAUGACAGACACUGCCACAGAAACUCUCGGUCAAUAGAGUCGAAUGUUGCUUUUAAGUGAAGACCACCAUUGUCGGACGCCGAUAAGCAUGCCUGCGUUCUGAAAUCUGACGAAUGGUGAAUAUGUGGUCGAUACAGCCACGACCAGGUCUGAAGCCAGCCCGAUUUUCUCGUGUUUGCAUUUCAUGAGUCUUUGUUAGGCACCCGAUAAUCAUCGUGCUCAGAGCCUGAUGUGAUGGGUUUACGAGAACCUAUUAGUGCAACAGACCUUGAAGAAAUCCAUCGGUUUUUUGUAACCCCAUUGUUCAAACCACUAAUAGAUGUCACUGCUGUUUCCACAGCUGUUCGUAUAUCUUUCCAAGCAACAUCUGGGUCAGCCUCGUUUUCAGAACCACAUAGGAGGAAUAAUAGGAAUUGAAGAGGGAAACUGAUUAUGAAUGCUGUUAGAGGUAUGAGGGCAGUUAUCACUUCCCGGUUGCCCACACCGUGGAAGGGUUCUUCUUGAGGUGCCUGAAAACGAAAUACGAUCAGGGGUGGGUCUUAGUGACCCGAGAACGUUACCUCAGUACCCGAGUGACAACUGCUCGAGGCGGGUCAAACACGAGCUUCUUGUGAGUAAUUUUUGUGUUAGCUCUGUACUUGUUGGGACCCUCAUCACCGGAGACGGGAAUUCGUGAGAUAAGACGAAGUGUGCAUUUCUAGGGUCGAGCCUUUCUAGCCCCGCUCUUUCUUUGUUAGAAGGCAGCAUCGCUGUUAUGCUGGUUAUCUGAAGGAAACACCUUACUGCUAUCACACCUCUGUACAGUCAGCAGUACGAUUUCGCCUUGGGUUUGCUGCUUUUAGUCUUACGGCUCUUUAAACGACCUAUCUGGUAUGGUAGGACCUUGAGAAACGAUUAUUUCAGCCAGUAUAGCUCGAUUGGUUCAUUACGGUAGGAAAGCACAACUACCACAUCAAGGUAGCAGAAACAGUCGGGGAAGGUGUUGAGUACAGAUUUAUGUAUAGCGCAUCGUUCACAAAGUAUUAAAAAUGCAGUUGAUUGAUCACAAGGUAUUGAUUAAUGUCAUGUUCGUUUAAUCCCUUGGUACUGAUGGAAUACUGUCAGUGAAGUUGCAAUAUGACUAUUAACCUAAGUGACUUCAUAUUGCGUGUACUAUGUUGAGAUAUUAAUUGAUUUUAGGUUGUCGAUCAGAAACAGAUGUAAUCUCGUGUUAGCUAGUAUUCAUUAACUAUGGUUACCUGCAAUUAUGAAGGAACUAAUGUUUUUUGUAGGAUCCGAAUCUUCGUCACUCAAUUUUUCAGUCUGAGACGUUACCGCUGAGCUACUAGACCUAACUGUUGAUCUCCUAAGAUGUAUCAGGUAUCUAUCACCUUCUAUGCGUUUUUAGCUGAUUGCGAAGCGACCAAGUUAAUCAUAAACCUUUAGACAAAGAUCGCUAAUUGGUUGAUAAAGUAAUAGGUCUUUGUCGAAUCAUGCAACUGGGACAUCUGUUACGUAUCUUAAUCACUGCCUAUCUCCGCGGACGCUUUUAACUGGUGUAGGAAAAUAGGUUGGAGUAAAUAUAGAGGUGACCAAACCAAGAUGUGGCAUCAUUUCCUGAAGUCAUCGACUUUUAGACUGACAUUUUGAUCAGUCUAAACUAUCUGGUUGAUGUUCAUGCCAUCAGUGGUUGAAGACACAAAGAGGAAUGGCUCAAAAUCGUUCACAGCUGUCCAUGUGCAUUCACUCUAUAUCUACCCCUAGAUCUUGUCUUCUAGUUUUCUUCCUUAAAUUAUAUUAUGUGUUUAUUCUUUCUUACUUUCACUACCACCACCAUUACUUUGAGUCCUUCGUUACUCAUUACGUUAAUUUCAUCUCGUACCAGCGUAGUAUUAUGCCAACUUGGUUUAAUGUAUAUUUGUCAUAUUCCAUACUGUGUGUGAAUGACUUUCAGGAAAUUAUUUUGUACUAUUAACGAAUAGCUUUUCUUACUAUUCUACUUUGCUAAUAUUACAUUCUAUGAUCUAUAAACUGUAAUUUUUCUCUGAAGAUUUCAAAUUAUUGAGAUUUCAUAAAUUAUACAGUAGACUUAUGAUCAGAUUGUGAUUAAUAAUCUAAGCACAUCUUCCAUUCUAUUGUAUUACAAAUGAGCUAUAUUUAAUGAACGCAAAUGCAUGUUGAAUGCGAAAGCAAUUCGCCCUAGUCGGUUAUGAAAUUACAAAUAAUUUACACAGGAAAUUUCUUACAAAACUAUAAAAGUGGCAACAGGAAUAUUUACAAUAUUUGUGUAAUUUUAAUGAAAUUAUUCUCAAUCUUGAGAAUUAAAAAAAGACCAUCAAUUGAAUUUGACCAAUAUUUAUUUCUGGAAAUUCACUUGAUUCUUUCUGACACUAUGUUAGCGGGACAUAGACUAGAUUAAAGCAUGCUCAAUGCAUGAUUCUCUGGAAUCUUAUGUAAAAACUAUAAAUAUACUGACGUUUUCCCUAUUGUGCUUCUGACUUGCUUCUUACUUCCAUCUAACCUUGUUAUUUGGAAUAUAAUCUCCUUCCUGUUCAACCGUGUCUUGAUUUGGGGAUUUGUCGAGUGAAUCGGUGUCCGAGAAUACUAAGCAAUAGGAAUAGCUGGGUAAUAACCGUAAGAAAAGAGAGAUUAUAACACACUAAUUCUCUAAAGUCGUAUGUUCCCAUUGGUUGUCUAAUUAUGGACUGAUAUAUAUUCUUAUUGUAUAACUAUGGUAUGUAUAUUCAUACUCCUUUUAUUAUAAGCUUCCAUGUGACUUAUUGACUACUAUUAUACGAUUUAUUAUUCUCAAGUUAUUCCAUUUCACAUUUUUCUCGAUAGAUUGGUAUAGAACCGAACACGGAGCUUUCUUCAGAUGCAUCCCUUGAAGUAGAUCCUAAUAAUGGUGGAUUUCUAGUGAAUGCCGAAUUGGAAGCAAGACAAGGUGUCUAUGUGGCUGGCGAUGCUGCAUCUUAUUGGGACCCAGUUGUUGGUUGCCGACGACGUGUUGAGCAUCUAAAUUUCGCUGAAGAAGGUGGAUCAUUAGCUGGAAAAAAUAUGGUUGCUUCAUUAUUAUCUGGAAAUAAUAAAUCUUCGUUUAGAACGUCGUCAUCAUCAUACUACCAACACCAAUCAUCUCUAUGGUCUACACUUGGUCCGGAAAUAUCGUGGGAUGCAGUUGGAUUGAUUGAUUCACGCCUACUUUUAACACGUGCUUUCUUUGCCUCUUCCACUACUACCGGUGAUGAUGACAAUGAUAUUGAACAUAAGUCAUCUAAAGAGGAGAAUUCGACGACUCGAUCUUUUUCCCAUAUACCUGAUUCUAGUAUAGGUAGACUUACCAAAGGUGUUGUUUUCUAUCUUACCCCAAAAGAUAAAAGAUUAGUUGGUAUUCUGCUAUGGAAUAUCCCUGAUGAAAUUUAUACAGAUGCAAAUUAUCCGGCACCUAGUCGACUUAAUCUAGCCCGUAGUUUAUUAGCUCAAAAACUUAUCAUUGAUCUUGACGACUCUACAGAAAACAACUUGCAAAACUCAACAGGUAAUAAUUUACGUCAAUUAGCCAGUCAAUUUGACGUUUAUGGAGAGAUUGCCGAGGAUUAUGCACACUUACAAGAAUAUAUAAAAAGGAAGAAAUUCGAUGAAGAUAAUAAUAAUAAUAUCGCUAAUAAUAAUGAUAAUUCAACAUUUAGUUCUGUAGAUAAUAAACCUCCCAAUAUGUAGUAUUUUCAAAGAAGAUAUCAACUACAGUAACUAAUCAUGUGCUCAUUAGCGUUGUGGCAUUUAAAAAUGAGCAACUAAUGAGAAGAAAACUCAUUGUUUUGUUUUUGUUACAUAUAAUUUCUUACGGAUUUUUUAAAUUUCAAGUUUUUUCGCUUACUGUUUAUCAAAUAGAAACUGAUUAGAUUGACAUUCUCUAAUUUUCUUUUCUGUUUGAUUGCUGUUGUUGUGUCUUGUAGAGUAGAACACUCUGCCGAUAUAAUGUUUUGAUCUGUCGAAUAUUUCAAAGAAUGUGUCUGACUGAUUAAAACAACUGAGUAGAAGAAAUUACUCGCUUUUCACAUUAUAUGUUACAUCGUAGACUUACUGGAUUAUUUCACAGUCGAUUUUAAGAUAGGUCACAUGACGAUGGCAUACGAAAACGUGCCUAAUGAAUACAUACAGAAUGUACUAAUGGAUUUAUUAAUACUAUGUUUGAUACUUAUAGCUCAGGAAAUGUGAUUAUUCUGUGGUCCGUUAAGUCUACCACCAAACGUCCGAAUAGUGACCAGUGGAAAAUUCGAAUACUACUGUUAGCCAGUUGGAGGUUUUUAAGUGGAUGUUAGUUUCUGGUUGCUCACAAAGUGCAAUAGGAUUUUAUCAUGAUAUACUUGAGAAGGAACCUGCAAGUGACCCUAGACUCCGAGGGACAGCUAUUUAUUCUCGACUAUCCAUGACUUAUUCCUUAGUAGUUUUCGUUUAUUAGUUCUUUACUUUUCCCAGUUCACCUUCGAGAUCGGGAAUUCGUAUGGGAUAGAAAAGCGUACUGCUCUUAUUAACAAUAUUCUCUAAGUUCCAUUUGUCGGCAUCGUUUGGGAGGUUUUUCCGACGGGAAACAUUCCAGUACAGUCGUUAGUACGACUUUGUUCUCGAAACUUUGGUUAACUGCAUACUUCUAAUAUUGUAGUCAUAUUGAUCCAGUGGUAUUUUCCAUUGUCUUCAAUUAUCUAAUAUUGAAUAACUUCCAGUACCUUAUCACUCAGCUUAGUAGUUUAUUAUAUUCCUUAACAGAUCAAAUUCGGUCAUUGCUAAGUCCCUGAAGCGUAUUAAGACCUUGUUGUUUGGUUGAUUUUAUGCAGCGUGUUUCAAAUUAGAGAACGCGAGUGAUACAACUACUACAAACGCUGACGUUCACGAUAUUUUAGGGCUAAAUAAUUAGUGUAUUUCAACUAAGUUUAUCUAGGUGUGAAUUAGUUAUCAUUAUGUACUGUAUCCAAAAACGUCUGAUACUAGAGGAUAUUGUGAUACCCUCACUAAACCCAUACAUUACAAUAAUGUAUGAAGUUUUCGGUAGUCGUUCUGGGUCUAAUGAUUUUCGUUAAUGUAAUGUUCGAAUUUCUAAGUUACAGUUCUUCCGUUUCACUUUCAUAAUGAUGUGAAUGUACUUAAUUUUUGUCUUAUUACGUAUUAUCGGUGUUGUGACUUUAUGAGCCGCUUGUUAUCACUUAAUUUAUUCGCCAAUCAAAAUACGACUUAUUCGCUCAUAUACUGUACUAAACCAAUGACGUUCGACCGGUCUGAUCAGCCUAGCGUCCUAUUAGUCUGUUGCUCACCUAGCCCGUCCAGCUGAGUCCAGAAUGCCAAUAACAGCCUCCACUAUGCGAAUAAUUUAUUUCAAACAUACUGGGUUCAUAUACCAAACAAACAGACCGCAACGCAGCAUAAAAUAGGAAAUAACAUUCAUACACAAUAAAGCCAAAAAGUGGCUGUGAACGUGGGAGGCAGUAGUCAAUAAACUGAACAUGGCUUAAGGACAGUAAAUCGUACAAUAAUAAUAUCUAGGUUGAAAUAAAGCUUAUAACAAGGGGAAUAUAGAUAUACAUAAUCUAGUUACUGAAUAUUUAUACCAUAAGAAUAUAUAAAUAAUAUUAGUCAAUUAAUAGGUCUCAGACGUUACUCGUAAUGUAAUCUUCACUAGGAUAUAACAAUCGGUCUGUCUCAUGUUUACUUAUGACAUCUUUCUUCAUUUUAAUCUCUGUUUUUCAAGACUACUUAACCAAGUGCUUAUUUCUGUAGAUGUGAAUAGAGAAAUAAAGAAGCCAUUACAAACAGCGGGAGCUAUUUUUGAGGAUGUUAUUUCACUUAAUUUUUUUUACACUAAUCUGAAUCGGGAAUAAAUCGAUUAGUGUUACAGUUGGCUCUUCUCACUCACGCAAGCUUGCCAACCAGUCAAGUGAUAGUGUGGUGUAUGCUACUUUUGUCGAUAUAUGUAGUAUAUGAUACCAGUCAGAAAUGAAAUGCCUGGCAGCAGAAGGUUAGGAAGAUCGGAUCGAAGAGCACGAGAACAAAGGGACUGUUAUGGCAAUGAAGUUUGGUUCAAUUGAUGGGGGAUUUGAAAAUGAAUUAUUAGACGUAUGGUUUUCACAUUUUGCCAAAGUACUCUGUAAUUUUGUGUUAAAAUACACUGGCUGUCCCUGUCUGUGUUCCCGUUCGUUACAAUAGCAUAGUUUACGUCUCUCUGCCUCAAGAUUAAAUUAUUUAGCUUAUCGUGUUAGGGCCGUAACAUAGAUCGAGAAAAGUUCAUUUCUGUAUAUUAUUUUGGCAAGCGUAUGAAAGACGUAACAUCUAAAUUCGAAAACUCCACAUCCAUAUGUACUUGAGUUUCAAAGCCUUAAUGGUUUUUAUAACAAUAUAAAGUUUAUUGUUUUUUUGUCUUACUACGUAUUAGAAUUUCCCUAUGAGGUUUCAGUACACUCACUUGUAAAGCACUUUUGAUUUCAGUGUUAAACUUAAUGAACUUAUUCUAAGUAUUUAUCUGCAAUAUAUGGUCUCAUAUCAUGUUCCUUCGUAAAAUACUGCUGUUUUAUCUAGUCUCUAUACAGGAAGAUUUUUUCUUUUUUAAAUAUAGUUUUCACUUAUUAAACAAGCGUUUUUUUCGUACCAACACAUUUUUGUCAAUUUUCAGUUUCACCAUUCCAAGAGAUAACUGUUGAAGAUUGAAAUACAUCUGUAGACAAUACGGGACUUUCAAACAUUGUUUACUGAAGUAAAUUUUUAAAAAACAUAAGUAAAUAUUUUUAUGGCUUAAUAUGGAAUUUUUUGAAAUUGACCGGUUAUAUUUUAUUAUCGCUUUAUUGAAUUGUAUGAAUUAGGAUAAUUUUUAUAAAUUUACAGUUUACAAAUGUUAAUAUCUGCAUAUAUGUGAUCUAUUUUAGCGUACAUAAAUACUUAUUACUAAAUGUAUAUUUACACGAACUUACUGGUAUCGCAUAUAGUACGUAACAUUUAUUUUUAGUUAGCAGUACGCUUUUACACUGUCGUCUGAUCAAUAUUUAUAUUGAUAAAGAACAAUUUCAAGGUUGAAACGUGAUUCAAAUCCACAACUUGCCUGAUAAUUUGCACCAUGUUUCAAUAAUCAAUUGUAAUACACAGUUGUUUACUAGUUGUUGCCACUUGCUUUAUAAAUGGCAUGUUUUUAAAUUCUAAUUAACCAACUAAUUAGAGCGUGAUGAUUUUGCUAACAGCAGCAUUACUAAUUACCCUCUCUUCACUCGCUGUCCACACUAAGUAUGCUGAUGAGGAUCGGUUACGACGACUUACUGCAGCUUAACCUUCCUAACCAAAACACAAGAAACAGAACUCGCCUGAUUAACUGUAUUUAUUUUAUAACUCAAAACUCGCUUGAUAGUAUACAUCAAUUAACAAGACUAAAACGUAGCAUAAAUAAUAAUAAAUCACAAUUUCAAACUGAAUUGGUCAUUUGCAGUACAAAUUGAGUUACAGAUCCAUAAUUAAGUGACUGUGAUCUAUGAAUAAUAAAAUAUAUGUCAAGUCAAAGCUAACAAAUAAAAUCAUUUAGAAAUACCACAUGCAAAAUGUUCGAUGAACCCAUGAUAAAGAACAAUGAUACAACAAUAGACCUCGAAAUUACAAACUUUUCACUUAUAGGUCUUUAUUUAACAAUACACCUACUAAUUAAUGAUAUCGGUUUGUUUUCCGUAUUUUUGUAUAUUGUUGUGUAGUGAAAUUUCAUUUUAAAUUUCCAAUGCACAUUGUAAUCUCUAGUCGACGAUUAUUUUAAUUUGGAGUAAAACGCUGCAAUGUUUGAAAUGUGUGAAGCAAUUAGUGGGAUUAGAUUAAAAUAAAAUCUACUUGUCUUUUACUCCGGAUAGAAUUCAUUCUCCGAAAUAUCUUGCAGUAUAUUUUAUCAAAUACAUGUUCGUGUAACUUACAUUCGCCAAAGAAACUGGAAUCUAUAUAUAUAUGUUAGUAAUAUAUCAAGUCUGGUAUUUAGUCUUUUUUUUCUCGUGAUUCUUUUUUAUAGCACCUAUGUCUGACCUACAAGCAGAAGUUUCGAAAAAUUUAAUUGACUCUCCGUCACCUCUUAGCCUAAAGGUUGGUAGACUUUUUUUCCUAGUGUGUCCUAAUCAGUACUAUACGUCAGAAAUUUAAAGGACUAAGUUAUACGUGUUAUUUAUAUGCACAUGUAAUUCAAAUAAUUUGGGAUUCUAUGGAUUUGCCUAACUUGAUAUGUAUGGCUUCAUCAUGAGAAAAACAGUAUUAUCCAACUAAACACUUAAAAAAUGAAGCACUGAUGACUCAUCAGAAAGUGUUUUUUCUUUACCUUUUCAUAUCGUCUGUCAGUUAUUUCAUUUUCCGUGAGCCGAUUAUUGAUAUUUUAUUUUACGUAGGAAUAUUAGUACGGUUGCUUUUCGAUGCUAGCGACAUGUGAAACUGUGAACUCAUGAGAUAAUAUAAUAAUGGUAAAACGUGCUUUGAUAUGAAGGUAUUUAUUGAUUGAAACAAAGUAUGUUUAUGUAUGAUCAUAGUACUAAUGGUUAUAUAUAUAUAUAUAUUCUCGAACCUCUAUCAUUCAGUUAAAAAUGUAGGUACAACGUGUUUGUUCAUAAUGGCAUAUCCCCAUAUUAAAUAUGCAUAACCUUUGUAUUUAUUUCUCCGUUUUUCGAACUGUAAUACUACAAAACUAAAGAAUUGUAAUAAUUUUAUUGCUUGUUUGGAAAUUAUCUGAAAUUAUUCAGAUGUGUAAAUUAUAAUUUAUAUUUCUAUCACUCCAAACUUUCAGAUUAAUCAUUGGUUUGCAGUUUCAGCAUGGAAAUGGUGUACUAACGAUGAUGACUGUGGUAUUUGUCGGAACGCUUUUGAAACAUGUUGUGCAGAUUGUAAACUCCCAGGUGACGACUGUCCUCUUGUUUGGGGUCAAUGUAAUCAUUGUUUUCAUAUGCAUUGCAUUAUAAAAUGGUUAAAUAGUCAGCAAAUGGCUCAACAUUGUCCUUUAUGUAGACAAGAUUGGCGGUUCCGAGAAUAAGCAUCUCAAUUUCUGUGAUUUUCUGAUUGUUGUUAAAUUUUUUUUAAUAUAUGAAUUGCAGAGCAUUCUUUAUCUGAUUCUAGAUUAAAAUAUAGUGUUUGUGACGAAUUCAGUAGCGUUUAUUAGCCAACUAUUUUUGUGUAUACUGUAAUUGACGCUAAAACAUCAUCUUUAGGUACAAUUAUUUGUACAAAGCGUAGUUCAGUAAAAUUCCAAUUUCUAAGGUUAUUCAAAUUCAGUACUUAAAAAAGUCCUACCUCCGGAUUCCAGUGAGUUUUGGUUUACAUUCAAAAUGAUGGCCUGAGGAUUUUACCUACGUCUAUCAGGUAAUACGUGAUACUUUUUAUUUUUUGUUAUGUUCUCUUAUGCAGCGUAAUGUAGUACAAAUAAUAUAAAUAUCAUAUUUUUCAUCAAACGUCUAUCUCUUAUAAGUGAAUUCUACUUCGACACUCAUAUAUAAAUUAAGCUGUUAGGUUAUUAUUUUUUUGUUAUAAGUUUGAGUCUCAGAGAACAUUUCACAAAUUUGUGCCAAUAAUAAUUUAUUUGCUUUGUUAACGGAAUAUAAAUUUAAUCAACUCGACAUGUCUUUUUAUAUCCUUUCAAAAAACUUAUUCAAAUAAGUCUUAGUCGCCUACUUAAUUGAAAUUCCUCCGAAUAACUAUUAUUCACCCAUUUUUGUCAGGACACUAAUAUUGAUAAUAAACGUUCGUCAGUAAAGUGGCAGCGGAGUUUUCUAAGCUUCAUGGCAUUCAGCUGAUGAUCCGAAUAUACAUGUUAAGUAAAUUUACUUAGAUUAGUGCAAAAGGAUUUCGUUUAUUUUUUCCCGUCGUUUGAAUCUCAUAUAACUAGUAUUAUUUUUGAUACAUUAGGUAAUUCGUAGCAUCUGAACAUUGAUAUCUCACUACCGGGUUUAGUCAAAGGAGUACUGUAUUUUCGUAUUUUGAGAUGGUCAUAAAAUAUUUGUUUUGCGAAAUUCGUUAUUCGUGUUUGAAAGUUCUAUAGCCGAGUUUGUUGACUAUUUGAAGAUGGUGGAAUCUAGCCCUUCAUCUAACUUUGUAUAUAUGAGCUUGCACGUGACAUGGAAAUUGUAUCCGAAGAUUGAAUUAUGGGUAACUUUUUGGAACUACUUAUGGACUGUUAUCAUAUAUAUUCCUAUUAUUUUAAGCUCCCAUGUGACCUAUUAACUACCAUUAUACGAUUUACUAUUCUCAGGUUAUUCGCGAUCGACUAGUUUACAGUCUUUCACAUUCACAGCCACUUUUAGUUUGAUGUUGUACAAUAAUUAUUUUUGAUUUGAUGGUGUGAUGUGGUCUGGUCUACUUUUGUGUAAAUCAAGUAUGUCUGAAAUAUACGAUUCAUACAGGCUAAAGUGAGAUUGUAUUCUGGACUCAACAGGCAGGGCAAAGCAAGGUGAGAGGAACCAGUAAGGAUCCUAAGUUGACUCUAAACUGCUCGUAUUGGUUAACACGGCAUUGGUUUGACACAGUGUCUAUGUUAUAUAAGUCAAUGUACUGAUUGCCGUUCAUAUUACAUGGCAUCAAGCACAACAGUUGUCGACGACGUGGAAAAUCUACAACUUCAACCUUCACAGAAAGUCAAGGUCAGCCAGUAGUCAGAUGAGGGUGAGUCUAAUUAUUUGAUCAAUCAAUAUGCAGAUUUGUCGCCCAUAUCCUUGCACGGUACUGCCUACUAAUCAGUCAUUCAGGUUUUUUAUUACUGUCCUGAAUAGUGCAGGAAUGAAAAAUAAAUAUAUCGAUUAUUAUGGAGCAAAUGCAAUUAUUACUUCAGCAUCAGCAGGGUCAAUUUUUUAACUUCUCAGGAACAAUUGCUUACAUCACAUAUCAAUAUUUUCAAUCCAGCUGCAAUGCGCUUUAGAAUAUAAAGAAAUAAAAUCAUCACUUAAUUCAGCCCCAGAAUUUGUUUUUAUGGCAGAAAAUGGUCACACUUUUGACUCAUAUUUUGCCAGAAUCGAUGAUCAUUUUCGAAUAGAAUACGACCAUAUAGAGUGAGCAAAGAAAGUACGAUUGUUGACACGACAACGUGGUCCACAAGAACGCUGAACACAAACAUUUUAUCCUGCCAUAACCCCUAAGGGAAUCUAGUUCUGAUGAAACCGGUGGUAUUUUAAAUAGAUAUUUUGUGAACAAGCUUUGCUAUUCGAUAUUCGUUAGUGGAUAAUAUGAUAUUAAGUCUCCAUGUUGCAGCCUAUUUGGGUGUAAUUAUUAUUGUUGUAGGUUCUACCAAAGAGUAACUAAUGACUCGUCUAAAUAAAUUAUUUAAAAGAAUAUCAAAGUCCGGUUUCUAGCUGUGAAAAUAUAAAAGUGAACUACUUGAAUCUCUUCAGUAUGUUGAAUUUAUAUUUGAUAAACAUGAUUGUUGACCGAUCCGGAUAUUAUAUAUGCCAUUAAAUUAUUGACUCUAUAGACUUUCCUAAUGACAUUACGAUUAUUUUUUGGCUUGAUUGGAUAUUAAAGUGUAUAUAUUCUGGCCAGGCAGACACUAUGUUACGGGAGAACUGAAGACAUUCGGCUGAUUAGAACUUCUAUAUUGAUUAUUACUAAUUUCACUGUAUUUUCUAUGUAUUUGUUAUUCUCAACUUCUGAACUUGUUUGUUUAUAUCAUUAUUUUCGGAUAUUUUGGUUUGGUAUUUGGGAGUUUUUGCUCCGGAAACCUACUAAUUUUAAGGUUUUUUUUUCAUAAUUGUUAUAAUUAUUGUUAGAACGACAUUUGGGUCGACUACUUGUAAAUUGCGAAUAAACUUUGGUACAUAAGUGUGGGCUUGGUUCUAUUGUUCGUUUGGAUUCGUAAGUUGCAAAUGGGUCGAUAUACCGUUCUUUAAUGAGGAAAGCGAACGAAAACUUGGGCGUAACAACUACGCUAUCCGUUAAGUCAGCUUUUAACAGCUAGUCGUAAAAGUGGUCAAACGAAUGUUAAAACUCCUUUGAUAAAAUCAAGAAAAGCUUAUCCUCUGAUUUAUUAUUUAAUUCCUAGCCCGGAACGAGAACUAAUUUUUGCUACUGAUGCUUAUCAUGGUAUUGGUGUUGUUAUCAACCUUUGUUUUGCUUAUUGUAAGGAAAAACCGAUCAAUGAACCAUGCAUAUCAACGAUGAUAAAAGUAAGGAAUAAAACAAUGGAAAAUAUUAGUCAGCCAUUUACUUUAAUCAUGAGGACUGAUUAGGUCAGUAUAGUCUCAUUGUGGAAUAAGGAUGAAGAACGUAGGUUUGGAUUAAGU